GCAAAAUCCUUCAUUUCCUCUGUUGUGUAGCAUACACACACAUAAAUAUUUGUUUCUAUCACAUACGUAGGGGUUAAGGAGUGGGUGAGAUGGGGCAACAAUCGCUGAUCUACGCCUUCGUUGCACGGGGCACGGUGGUGAUAGCCGACUACACCGAAUUCACCGGAAACUUCACCGCCAUAGCUUCUCAGUGCCUUCAGAAACUUCCUGCUACCAAUAACAAGUUCACGUACAACUGCGAUGGCUACACCUUUAAUUAUCUCGUCGAUAACGGCUAUACCUACUGCGUGGUUGCUGUUGAGUCUACUGGCCGACAGGUCCCGAUUGCCUUUCUUGAGAGAAUUAAGGAGGAUUUUAUCAAGAGAUAUGGUGGAGGAAAAGCUGCAACUGCUUCUGCUAACAGCCUGAGCAAGGAAUUUGGGCCAAAAUUAAAGGAGCAUAUGCAAUAUUGCAUUGAUCAUCCGGAGGAGAUUAGUAAGAUUGCAAAAGUGAAAGCCCAAGUUUCAGAAGUCAAAGGAGUAAUGAUAGAAAACAUUGAAAAGGUUCUGGACCGUGGCGGGAAAAUCGACAUUCUGGUAGAUAAAACAGAAGACCUUCGCUCUCAGGCACAAGAUUUCAGGCAACAAGGAACUCGGAUGAGGAGAAAGAUGUGGUGGCAGAACAUGAAGGUUAAACUGAUAGUCCUGGGAAUUCUGAUCGCCUUGAUUCUCAUCAUUGUACUGUCCAUUUGUGGUGGCUUCAACUGCUGAAGAAUACCGUCAUCAUGGAUUGGCAUUGAAUUAUCGAUGCUCGUCUAGUUA